AUGAGAAGAAGGCGUGCUCUGCUUUCCUCCUCUUCGCCUCAACCUUGGUGGCAGAACUCAUCAAAUUCGCAGAGAGCAGCUGGAUCUGCGCCGACGGUAUGUUUUGAGAUUAAAGGUUCCGAAAGCGCGACUGACUCGAUGCUACAGAAUCUCGUCGCGUCUGGCAAUAGCGAGACCAUACAACAAUACACGACUAUAGUACUGACGCGAACGCGAUACACCACAUAUAUAUAUUCCAACUCACCCUCGAGUCAAUCGCAAGAGUCAACAAAGUCUAGUCUGGCUUCAAUGAGCGGCCAGUCAAGUAGUGUUUCCAAGCAUACCACUUCGACGUCGUCCUUCUGGUCACCAUCGUUCGUAUACCAGCCAACUACGCUCUCCACAACUACUAUGGCGAGUGUCACCACACAUUCGACAACGACAGUGAGGACCGUGAUCUAUGUCACAAGUACUGACGCUGUCUCAUCAGACUCGGGUGUUUCGACGAGAGAGUCGACCUCUGCCAUACAAGACACGAUAUCAACAACUUCCACACUCGCUGCGGCUUCAUCGACUGCUUCUAGUGGUGGUACUGGUGGACGAGGUCAUGGUUCUCUGCUUGUGAGCUCACCCGGAAGUUCGCAACAAUCGGCAGCUAUAGCUGGAGGUAUGACUGGUAGCCUUGCUGGGAUCAUGUUGAUUGGACUGCUGUUCUUGUUAUUCUUUCGGAGGAGGAAGCGAGCACUACCGUAUCAGGAGAAAGAUGGAGCUGCCGCAGAGCCUCGGAUGUCGUCUUCGUCCCAAGCAUUACCAUCUGCCAUCGCAACGGCAGGAGCGACACGGCACUCAGACAGGAGUGCGAACCUGCCUCCUCAACAGCCUAGAUUCGGCCGUCUACCUAUUAUCGACCACAACCUCAUUCACAUGAAUGUCGAACACUGGGACCGACCUUUUGCGCAUGAAGAUCCUCAUCUUCGCGAUGAUGGCUCGCCUCUACGUCUGAUGAAUCCAGACCCAACACCCACCCCGCCUGUGGUGUUUAGAUCCUCCUCGACUUCAGUAUCUCCCGACGCAGCACCAGACAAUCCACAUCGCUUCCUCCAGAGACAACGCUCAGCACUGACUGCAGCUCUUCUUUCCAUCAAGCGUUCCUUCUCAAGUCAAGACGUGGUACCCAGACAUGCAAGCGAUGAUUCCAAUCUACAGCCCUCAGUUCUACCAUCAGCGCAUCCAUCAGCACACCCCUCACCUCUGCACAUCCAAGACAAGAACAAACUCACCAUGCCAUCCGAAGCCAUCCUCGCAGGCAUCACCGUAUCUCGUCCAAUUUCUUCUCAGUCAGCAAUAUCCACCAAUACGAUUAUCCGUCAUCGAGUCCCUGACGACCCAUUCGUCACGUCCACAUCCGCAACACCAAAUUCGCUACUGCCUGACUGUCUUCAACCUGGCAAUGGCAUUGCUCGCCGUGACUUUCUCUCUCCACCACCACUUCGCACGAGGAUGCCGGUGCAAAGCACGCCUACACACCCUCAACACGGCACCGUGAGUCCCUUGACCAGAAGCAACAGUGAUUGCAGUACUACUUUCGAAAGCUUAUCGCCUACGAGGAGUGAGGUUUCUAGCGUGAGUGUACGCAGUGGACCCUUCGAUCUCGCAACUGCCAGUGUUGUUGAUAUGGAGACUGGGAGAGAAACGCCGGGUUACAGGGCACAAAGGGAACAGACGCCUAAUUGGGAGGUUCAUGUGAACCCUGGGACAUGA